GCUGCCCCAAAGAGUAAGGUACAAGACAUCUGAGAAGGAAGUAGGAACACACUCGGGGAAGGGGCUGAGAAAUCUGAUGGGGAACUGUCUACAGAGGAAAAUCGGGUGGCAGCUGGACACUCAGGAGACACACUGGAAUCUGAGACUCCAGAAUGCCAAGCAGAGGACGCGCAGUUAUUCCAGAUGCUGGAGUUGUUGCCACAUCGUUGAAGGGUGUUCCUGCCUUCCUUGGAAAAACCUAAGAACAUUUAAAGCCAGACAGGAAUCCCCAAAGCAAAACGAAGGGAUGACUUCAGCUCCUAUGCAGGACAAUGCUAGCCAGAUGUACACAGAGGAGUUAUGCUAUGUGCUUGUUGAUCACAAGGCCCUCGGAGGAAGACCGCCAGGCAACUCUGCUGAGGGCUUCUAUGAGAACGUCUCCAGCCAGACUGAGAGACACAGAGAGUCUUCAAGAGAAGAGACUGAGUAUUCCGUUCUCCGUUUCUCUCCCACCCCUCAGUCACCACCUUCCACAGAGGAUGAAUAUGAACUUCUUGUGCCCAGAACACUCCUGUCUCAUGCCCCUCAACAGCCACGGCCAUUUACAACUGCCUUUGAGACUCACUUUUCUCAUCUAAAAUGAUGUGACAAGAUUAGAGUUUGUUUAGCACUGACAGAUCAAAGGAGGAGUUAGGGACCCUGUUUGAUGACAGAUAAACAUAGGGUUUGGGGGACACUAGUUGAAGCGGUCAUAGGGCAUCAUGAUCCUUAGCUUAUUUCUUCUGGAGGACCUUGGCAGGGCAGACUGCAAACCACAAAGCCUUAUAGAGACUGACAGUGGCCAACAUUCAAAAAUUAGUCAGUUGUCUCGAACAUCACUCUUGUUUCUAAGUGAUGUUAAAAAUACUCUGUGGUAGGAAGGGCUCCCCGUAUCUACACCUGGGAGUACCGCAAGAGGCUCGUCUCUUCUCACUCAGUUCUGAUAAAUUAUCCCCACAACUGUUUUCUGAAGCCAGAGGAAGCUUACUCAUCAUGUUACAUGUCCCCAGGGGGAAUUCCCUCAUUAUUGUGAAAUUCCAGCUCAGCAUCACUUGCUAUGCAACCUGCAAUAUUCCUUUUAUUCCAUGGUCCCAAGACAUGUCCUACUUGGUGUUGCUUU